AUAAUUUCAGAUUUCGAAAGGAGUGGUUACAAACUAAAGUGUUAGGUGUCACCCAUAAAGAAAUUCUAGAAGCAAAUAAUGACAUUUGGGGUUGAAGUUAUGCGUCAAGGGCGGCAAAGUCUUAAAGCGUUGUGGAAAAAGGUUGUACUCGCUCGAUUCAUAAACGACAAAUGCUUGGACCCAACGCUUAGAAAUUACCUAACAAUGUGACUAACUGACUAUACUACUCAACAAUUAUAAACAGGAAACAGGACUUUCGUCAAAUGAGAAUUUGAGAAAUGGAAUCUGAGGGACUCAUCAGAGAUGGAUUUGGUGGUUCAUUACCUGUUGAGAAUGUCCAAGCUCUUGCAUCCAAGAACCUGAAAGACAUCCCAUCCAGGUACAUUAGGCCAGAGGUUGAGUUCGAUGUGAUUGCUCUCGAUGAAUCCCUUGGGAUCCCAGUGAUUGACAUGAGCAAGCUUGGCCAUGCUGAUGAACUGGAAAAACUCCAUUGGGCUUGCAAAGACUGGGGCUUCUUCCAGUUAAUCAAUCAUGGGGUAGGAGAUGAAGUGAUUGAGAAGAUGAAGAUUGACAUACAGGAGUUCUUUGAGUUGCCACUGGAGGAGAAGAUGGCUUGUGCACAGCUACCAAAUAACAUUGAAGGCUACGGCCAAGCCUUUGUAGUGUCAGAAGACCAAAAGCUUGAUUGGGGUGACAUGCUGUUCCUUCUUCCCCAGCCUGUGCCCAUAAGAAAUAUGAGAUUCUGGCCUACAAUCCCCUCUUCAUUCAGAGAAACCUUGGAGAAAUACUCAAUGGAGCUACAAAAGGUUGCAACUCAUCUCAUGAGGCUGAUGGCGAAGAACCUGGGAACUGAUCUUGAGACUCUUGCAAGCUUCUUUGAGGAUGGGACACAAGGCAUAAGAAUGAACUAUUAUCCACCUUGUGCACAGGCAAACAAGGUUAUUGGUUUAUCACCACACUCUGACGCUACAGCCUUAACGCUGUUGAUUCAGGGUAAUGAAGUCGAAGGAUUACAAAUCAAGAAAAAUGGCGAGUGGGUGCCCGUCAAACCCAUCCCCGGUACAUUUAUCAUCAAUAUCGGAGAUGUGAUUGAGAUUAUGAGCAAUGGAGAAUAUAAAAGCAUAGAACACAGAGCUGUGGUGAACCCAGUGAAGGAGCGCCUGUCAAUUGCCGCAUUUCAUAGUCCAAACAGAAGCAUCGAGAUUGGUCCUUUGCCAGAUCUUGUCAAGGCAAAGGAAGCCAAGUACAGGACCAUGUCACAUGAGAAGUUCGUGAAACUGACUGUAAGUAGCAAACUUGAUGGGAAAGGUCUCUUAGAACAAAUGAAGCUCUAAUUCAUACUCUUAGUCACACUUUAUAUCACCUCUUUUGUUCGUGUUAAACACUUAGAAGCUAAUUUUACCAUAACUUCAUCCAAAAAGCAAAGAAAAUUUUGGUUACAUAAAGUUGUAAUGAAAGGAACCUGCUCCAGCCUGAUGGUACAGUUGCCAUUAACAUGAUUAUCCGAUUAGGAAAUUUGAUUCACCGUAUAGCUCCAAGGCUCAUUUAUCAUUUCAGUACUCUGUUCCAAAAUAGAAUGCAGUGCAAAAGAAAUUGAAUUCUCAGAACACCCGUUGCACAGUGAAGUAAAACAUCAGAUUAAGUUUGGUAUAAUUCUCAUAUCAUUUACACUACACUAGCAAGGCAAGAGACCUCAAAAAGUCAAUAACACUUAAAAAGAGACCUAAUAAAUCUAUCAUAAACAAUCACCCCAUAUUAAAACUGAUGCAGAAAAGUCUUGGGUCUCUAGACACGAUUGUUGAUCAUAAGAUCCGGCCAAAUCACAGUUUGUCAAGAAGGCGUGAGAACAAGGAGCAUUCGAGAGGUUAUCUAACGUUAUCAUAUAAUAGAACAUGGGCAUGACAAUACAAUCUUUCAAAAGAUAGCCCUUGACAAGAACCCAUGGCAGAAUCCUAGUACUCAAGUAAAAUUUGACAGUCUCCUGUGUGCAACAAACAUUCUAAAUUGCAUCAGUCAGCUAAUACAAUCAUCUACCACUCACAAGUCAAAACACAAUUACCACUCACUGCCUGCCAAAGAUAAUUCUAUUUUGACUUUUCCUAAUUAAACUUUUUCUUGUAAAAUUUUGAUAUUUUACAUACUACGUGAGAAGAAGCUAAGCCUAGAUUUUGCUAAUAAGUGUCAUAGCAAAACCUGCUAAGCUUACCUUUACUUUAGAGUUUUCAAUCUGAUAAAGCACAAUUUCUAGUUAGAGAGCUAUUUUCAUGCCCCAAAUGAUCCCAAGGAAUCAUAAACCCUCUCUAAUAAUGAUGUAGUCAUCAUGUUUUUGAGUUACAACUUCAACCAUUUAGAACAUUGACAUAACACUCAUAAUAACUAAAUGAAAGGAUUUUCAUUCAAAAUUUAGCAUGACCUAUCUCCUUUAUAUAUAUCAAGGCAUAAACUUAAUCACAUUAUGCUUAGAACAUGCUAAACUUUAAAUGAAAUCCCUACCACCAGUUAUUACUGUUUUCAAAUACCCUUGUACAUGAGCGCUUUAGAUUAACUCUCUGAAACACUUCAAGUUUAGAAAGGAAAAGUUCUGAAUUUCAUUUCCAUUUAGUUUUAAACCCAAAUGAUAUACAUAAAAAA